AUGCCUACUGCAACGGAAUUCUUUGGUAUAGCCAUCACCAAUUUUGGUCCUCUUACCACAACUUACACUCCCCCGCCCUCGUGUACCACAGCAACAACCGAUCACCUCAUCUACGCUAUUGAGAACGUCACAGGUCCCUACCAUGGCGCUCCAAGCUGUGAGCAUAAUUUAGUACAGGAUUGCAUACCCGACGGCUCCUCCUAUGAUACUCUGGCGGACAAGAUUGUCAAUCCGUGGGCAUAUGGUUUCUUCAACUACCAUUCUCCUGGUAUAUAUUGCCCCAAAGGCUGGACUACCGCCGCUGUACUUGGCCAUGGAGAUAAGACAGGCUCUGAGUUGAGGAGCGGCGCCUUCACCAAUACUCAGGCACCAAGCAGCACAUUCACUGGUCCAUCAAUCAUUCAGCCAGAUAAAGUUUGGCUGUCUGUGUUGGAGCCAUCCGAGACACUUGCUUUUUGUUGUCCGAGUGGGUGGGAUGGCAUUGAAUGGGGAAUUUGCGCAACUUACAUUGAACAUUUCUCAUCGUCCAACCACACUGGAAUCUGUGUUCGAGACUAUUAUCCUCCUCAGUAUCCAGUUGUCACUGUCCACACGGUGGAAGGAGAGCCUGUAUCAGGCAGCGCUGGGGUUCUCUCAGCAGUUUCUGCGUCAGGUACAUGGUCCGACCAAGUGGAAAAGCUGACGGGCAUUCUACCUAGCCCUGACCUAACGUCGUCGUUGAUUGUCGUCAGGACACUCCCUGCUGUUCCUUUAAUCUACAAGUCCUCGGACAUUGAAGCUACCGAGACUGGCACCGGAGAUGAUGGUGGUAAAAAGGAUUCCGGUGAUGAUGAUAACAAAGACGAUACCAAGAAGGCCGAUGAGAAUGGCAGUGGAGCUUCUACUUCACCGAUCAUGCUGGAUGUCUAUUGGCGAUAUGUUUCGGUAUUCUUGUAG